AAUCGAUUAACUAUUUAUUAUAAUAUUUUAAAUAGAGAUGCAAUCCCAAAAUAAUCAAUAUCUCUAAUUUGUAGGAAAACCACAUAUUACCGCAGUCAUAGCAGGUGGCAGGAGAAGAGUAAAUUAUACAUUCGAAGACAAAAGUGAACUUGUAGAGGAAUAUGAUAUCAACAAUCAUGAAUUAAUUAGUAAGUUUUGAAUAAUAACCAACUAACAGGUAGGAAAUGGAAAAGAGUAUCCAAUAUUAAGGAAUCCCAAUGGAUUUACGAAGUUGGAGAAGCUCCAAUCGAUCAAUAAAGCGAGUUGAAAUUAUCAAAUGCAAAUGUAACUAUUUAAAAUAUGGAAGCCCAUAUUUGUUAGGAAGGACACUCCUCAGCACUUCCAAUAUAGAGUUCGUAAUCUGAAUUACCCAGAAGAUGUUUAUCAAGUGGAAGUGGAUGAGGCAACUCAAGAAAUUGUGAUUAGAACAUCCAAUAAAAAGUACUAUAAGAGAUUCGCUAUUCCUGAUAUGAGGAGAGCAAAUCUCAAGCUCGAACAGGGGAAGGUCACUCAUGUCUAUAAGAAUAAUACUCUAAUUGUGUCUGUACAGCAUCAUUCUUUAUUUAUUAGUACCCGAAACCAGAUCAAAUCCUGGAAAGAGAGUAUUAGAUUAGGCAGGAGUUCGACAAGUUAAACAAGAAGAAACCUAAGGAAGGGGAUUUAGAGUGUGUAUAACAGUGAUAUAUGUG